AUGUCUUCGACAACACAGUCGCCACCGGAACUGCCGCCAGAAGCAAUCGCUCUGGCGAGCCGCUUCUUCGAUGGGGCGCGAACGGGUCAGGAGGACUUGCUUGCUCAGGGUCUAGCACGUGGCAUACCGCCGAACAUGAUGAACGACAGAGGCGACACUCUUUUGAUGCUGGCUGCAUACCACGGACACGCCUCACUGGUGUCUCUCCUGCUUCGCCACGGAGCAGACCCGAACAGGAUUAACGACAGAGGCCAGAGUAUUUUAGCGGGAGUCGUGUUCAAGAAUGAGGAGCAAUGCGUGAAGUUGUUGUUGGAGGCAGGUGCGGACCCAGAAAUUGGGACGCCCAGUGCCUUGGAUGCCACGAGGGUCUUCAAGCAGGAGCAGUACGAACGGCUGUUCUUGGCGCAGAUUAAGAAAUUGAAGGAAGCGAAAGGAGGUGCUGUGAAUGGAGAUAGCACUGGCCUGGUCAAUGGUCAUGGCGAAGGUGGUGCUUCGUGA